AAGGCGGUGAUUUGAGCUCAUUUAUCAGAAGUCAGUGAGCAAAGUGGAGAAUCACUGAUUGUUUCUAAUGACAGAUUUCUGUUUACUUUAAAAAAAAAUCAGUGGUUGAACUUUAAGGUCGGUGUGUUGGAUCACGCAGCUCCUGGUAGUGUUGUAAUUUGGCGACAGGGGGUACAUGGAGCAGAUGGCACUGACAGACUGUAACUUACCCAACAGAGAGGGGAGGCUAGUGCAUGCUGGGAACAACUUCAGCGUCGAUGGGAGAAAAGGAGGCUAAUAUGCUUAAUGAGCAAUAGGUACCAGGUGGGAAAAUAUGUAAUUCAGAUUAUGUCCUGACUGGAACGACUCACUUUUUCCAGACGGUCUACCUGGGAUUUUGCGCGUCACGGUGGUGAGGUCCUUGCCGACCUUUGACCUUGGCCGGUGCAGCACACGCUGGCUUAAGUUUGGUUUGCAGAGUCCUCACCGCACACAGUCACCUUGGCAAUGACAAUCCGUCUCCCCGAGGCUAUGACAUCACUCCAAAGAAAAGAAGAUGAGGAGGAGGAAGAGAUGAUGUGGACAGUGGGUGGGGGGGGCAUGUCUCCGACUGUACAAAACCUCUGCAUCAUCUCCGCUGAUGCCCCAGCAUUCAGCCUCUGCCAGAGGAAGACCAUCAUCAUCAUCCUCCCAAUUCCAUCACUGUGAAAGCGAGGAGGAGGAGGAGCCAGCCGAGUGAGAAACCGAUGCUCCCAGCAGGUGCCAACAAGUGAGAGGAAGCUGAGAGACUCAGAAGGUGGGAGAUGAAGAGUCUGUGAGAAGAACACACACACAAAGCUUUAAGAGAGACCAGACCUCAGCAAACAGUGUUGGAAUCUUUGCCGUCGUUUCCAGCUCCUCCGCUCCUCGUCUCUGCUGCGAUGCUGCGUCCUGUGCUGCUUUGUGUCACCCUGCUCCUCCUGACUCCCUUUGAGGUCUCUGAGGCUCGUGCUCUGCAUCCUUCUCCCGAUGCUGCGCAGUUUCUGGAGGAGUUUCUGGAGCGCCACAAUGACCUCCUGACUCUGGAUGACCUGGAGAACAUGUUAAACAGCGACACGACGGAGGAGCAGUCCAAUGCCUCCUCCGGGGUCAAAGCGGCAGAGUUCCCCAAGUGGGCCGACGUUCAGACGCAGCCCGAGACCCCCUGGCUCCGGCUGCUGAAGGGGGCCCUGGCCAGCCAGAGGCGAGCAGAACCAGAGCGCUCCCGGAGGGGCUGGAACAGAGGAUGCUUUGGCUUGAAACUGGACCGGAUCGGGUCCAUGAGCGGACUGGGCUGUUAGUGGAGAGAAAAGGAGGAGCGGGUUUGAGACUGGUGUCGUCCUUCACCUUCAGAUAGAGGUUUCCAUGUAGUUUAUCUGUAGUUUGGUGUUAACUUGCAGUCUUGUUAUUGUGGUUUCAACAAGCGUAGAUCAGAUUCUUCACACUUUUAUUCCAAACUGAGUAUUAGACCCUGUUAGCUGUGUUUCCAUCACACCAUCACCCUGAGUGCAGUAACUGUACACAUGUUCUGACAUUUUGUGGUUCGGGAUUUUCAGUGUAAAAGCGUCAGUAACAGACAUGGAUUUCCUCACCUGUAAUCCCCUACAGUUUCUUUUUAUGUUCACUUUUGAUUUGCAUGAAUAAAUGGAUUUGACAUUU